AUGGUGAAAGCAUGUGGGGGUCUUCCAUUGGCCGUGAUAGUACUCGGCGGAACGCUUGCCACCAAGCAGAACUUGAAGGAAUGGGAAAGCGUGAACAACAACGUUAGAGCUUAUCUUGGAAGAGGAAAAAGCAUUAUGGAAGAAGGAAAUCUGCACAAGAUAUUAGCUUUAAGCUACAAUGACUUGCCCUACAAGUUGAAGCCUUGCUUCCUUUACCUAAGCAGAUAUGAAGAAGACUAUGACAUAGAUACGGAGGAAUUGGACAAGCUAUGGAUGGCAGAGGGUCUAAUAUCAACAAAAGAUCGGAUUGGUGAAGAAUCAAUGAUGGAUGUAGCAGAAAGAUGCUUGGGAGAAUUAGUAACACGGUGCAUGGUUCAAGGCAAAGCCCCUGCUGAUGAUGUGAUGCUGUCCUACAUUGGAAGAUCAUUCGCAUCGUGCCGCCUUCAUGACUUAAUGAGAGACCUAUGUUUGCUCAAGGCCAAAGAAGAGAAUUUCUUGCUACCCGUAAGUUGUCAUGAUGAUGGAAUUCUCGAUGAGCAUGUAGAUAUUUCUUCUUUGGCUAGUAACGAUCACACACAAGUUUACCGACUGGUCAUCCGUUUUUCAGAAAAGAGUGUAAGGAAAUUUGUCCCCCUAGUUGAGAAGAGAAAUACUAGGUACCUAAGGUCAGUUGUCUUAAUGGCGUCAGGUGUGCAACUAAAGGAAGGGCGUGUUGAUAAGAUAAUGAAGUCUCAAAUCAAUCAGUUCAAAAUGCUUAGAGUGUUGGCCGUUGAAGGGUUCGAUCACUUGAGGCUCCCAAAAGCUAUUGGGAAGCUGAUCCACUUGCGUUACUUGAGUUUAAGAGGUUCAGUUUUCUUACGUUUACCAUCAUCCUUGGGCAAUUUACGAUACUUGCAAACACUUGAUUUUCGAGAUUGCCCUAGAUGUAGAAUACCGGAUGUGCUGUGGAAGAUGAGACAACUUAGGUACCUGUAUCUUCCGGAUGCAUACGGGACGCAUAAGCUGGGUAAGUUAAAGCUGAAUUUGUUCUGCAAAAAGUUGCGACUCAAGGGAUUAGACAAGCUUGAGAUACUGGAAAACUUCUGUCCUCUUUCUUGUUCAUCUCAAGAUAUAUCCACGUUGAAGAACCUUCGAGUUCUAUCAGCAGUGGUGGACAUGGACUUUGACGAGCACUUCCCCACAGGAAUACAUAGAUUGAUGUCAAAUUCAGACCACGCACGUAGCACAUCCCUAAGCAUUGUCUCUAGAAGAGAUUCAGCAGCCACCGCAGCCUUAACCAAGGAGAACUUGUCAGAUGUUGUUGGUCAAUGUUUCUCUCGUCGCAAUCUUCAAGUCUUAGAGGUAAAGGGUCCCAUGGCCAAUUUCCCCAAGUACGAUGCCCAGUACAUGUAUGCAAGCCUUGUUGACAUGACAUUAACAGAAAUCGAGAUAGAGGAAGAUCCCAUGAAAACACUGGAAAGGCUUCCUAAUCUACGGUCACUUCUCUUGGCAUAUGGAUCUUUUCUCGGGAAAGAGAUGAGGUGCAAGGCAACAGGUUUUGGCCAACUUAGAUUUUUUCGUCUUUUUGGUCUAACGAACUUGGUGAAGUGGAUUGUUGACGAAGGAGCCAUGCCCAACCUUUCGGUCUUGACGAUUAAUUGUUGUCCAAAGCUGGAGAUAGUUCCGAAUGGAUUGAGAUUCAUUAAAACCCUGAAAGAGUUGAUAGUUGUGUCGAUGCCCGAGCGAUUCACAAACAGGAUCCAAGCGGUAAAUGGUGCAGAUCAGGGACAGGAUUUUGACAAAGUCUCCCACAUACCCUCCAUUAUUGUCAACGGAUGCCGGAUAUUUGACCCCUGA